AUGAUUACAGACGAUAUGCAAAGAGACAGGACACAACAUGUUGAAUUGCCUCAUAAAGCCGACCAUAAACGAAAUUUUAUCAAGCCUGCGACGUUUGAUGGUAGUACGAACUGGAGUGAUUUCAAGUCACACUUUGUGGUAUGUGCAGAGUUGAAUUGCUGGUCAAUGAUUGAAAAAGGAAUGUAUUUGGCAGUAUCUCUUAGGGGAAAUGCACAAGGUGUGUUGGGAAACCUGCCAUCAAACGACCAGCGUACUUACGAUGCACUGUGUACAGCACUACAGCAAAGGUUUGCACCUACAAACCAGACGGAAUUAUAUAGGGCUCAACUGCGGGAGAGAAAACAGAAGGCUGUAGAGUCUCUUCCAGAGUUAGGGCAGGAUGUUCGUAGGCUGACAAAUUUGGCAUACCCAACCGCAACAGUUGAUCUCAAGGAAAUACUGGCUAAAGAGCAGUUCAUAGAUGCCUUGAGAGAUCCUGACAUGAGGUUGAGGAUAAAACAAGCGCGGCCAGUAGAUUUGAAUGAUGCUGUGCGCCAUGCGGUUGAGUUACAAGCUUUUCAGAGUGCUGACAAAAAGAUGCAGGAAAGUCAGGGGUAUGUCAGAGCAGCAGAAAAAGACAUCAGUGAAGUCAAAGAAAGUAAUACUGAAAAGGUGUUAAAAGAUAUAACAGAUGCCUUAUCCUUAUUAAAGAAAGAUGUUAAAUCACUAAAAGAGAGGCAAAAUGGGCAUUUUUCCUCACAGCCAAGGUUAGACAAGAGAGAACAAAACGCAACGCAAAACAGAACGUUUAAAUGCUAUUUUUGUGGCAGACCAGGCCAUAUGAAGAACAAAUGCAGAGAUUUUCUGGCGUCACAAGCUGGUCAAAAGCGAAGAGAAAAACAUGGUAGGCAACCAAGCGAAAUGUCAUGUACAGACAGCAAAGAACAACCCCAAGGAAAUCUAACACAACUUAAUUGUGGAGCAUCAGAGGCCAUAAACAAAGCUGGUGAGUCAGGUAUCUUUAUUGAGGUAGGACUGUAUGACACACAGUUAAGGUUUUUGGUAGACACAGGAGCAACGGUCACCAUUGUGUCAAAAUGCAUGAUUGCUGAUGUUUUGUCUGACAAACCACUCAGUAAGCUAAGUACAGAUAUUUUGAUAGCAGAUGGUACGCCAUUUAAAGUUUAUGGGACACAAGAGGUACAGUUUUCUAUACAGGGAAUGCUGUUUGACCAUACUAUAGUAGUCGCUGAUUUGAAUGUUGAUGGAAUCUUGGGAUUAGAUUUCCUAAGGCUCAACAAGUGUGCAGUGGACCUGGAAAAGUGUACACUGAAGUUUGGUCAAGUAGAAAAAGCAGUUGCAUGUCAAUACAGAGGCAAAAUUGGUUGCUUCAGAGUAAGUCUUUGUGAAAAUCUAGGGAUACUACCAAAGAGUGAAGUGAUGACAUACUGGAAUGUAAAUAACGUAGAAUCUAAUACCCCCAUACUUGGCAUAGUGGAACCAUGCAAACAGUUUUGUGACUCUGAUAGAGCAUUGGUGGCGAGAACUCUUGUGACCAGGAGCACAGAAAACAAAGUACCUGUGCGUCUUAUGAAUCUUCACAAUGAAGUAACACAUUUAAGGAAAGAUACAUUCAUUGCCGAGUUGAACCCAGUGUUUGAGGUAAUGGCUUUAUCUGAAAAAGGUAGUGAUGAUCUUACCAUGCUGGAACUGCCUGUUCAUUUACAAGAUCUCUUUGAACGGUCAACUGUGAACAUGGAAGCAGAAAAUAAGGAGAUUGUUCGUCAGUUGCUUAUGCGCUAUCACGCAUCUUUCGCCAAGUCUGAUCGAGAUUUAGGGCGGACGGACAUAAUUAAACAUAAAAUUAACACAGGAGACAGUCUCCCUAUCAAGCAAGCCCCAAGAAGAAUACCUGUUCAUCUGCAAAAAGAAGUUGAUGGACAUAUCGACGAUUUGUUGGAACGAAAUAUCAUUGAACCAUCUAGUAGUCCGUGGGCAUCAAAUAUAGUUUUGGUUAAAAAGAAGGACGGUACCACCAGAUUUUGUAUAGACUACAGAAAGCUGAACAAUGUUACAAAACACGAUGCCUAUCCUUUGCCAAGGAUAGACGAUUCUCUUGAUCAGCUUAGGGGUGCUACAUGGUUUUCCACUCUAGAUCUGUGUUCAGGAUAUUGGCAGGUUGCUGUUGACACUCAAGACAAACAGAAACAGCAUUCACAACUAGACGAGGCUUGUUUGAAUUUUCUGUAA